UUUAGAUCUAUUUCCGCCGCUUCGAAGUUCACAAAAUGGACUUUCAAUUUAUGUUAGUUUCUGUGAUGUUUUAUGAUACCAGGGAUUUUGUUUUGUCGUCUGCUGUUUGAACAGACUAUUAGCGACAACUUUUGAAUUCCAUUUAUAUAUAUCUUGGUAUGGGUGUGGUCAUAUGAGCCACACUAAUCCACUAAAGUCAUCGUAAUCUGCAGUCAUAUUGAGAGAACAUGGCGGAUGCGAAUCAGCAACAAUACAAUCCAAAUGGACCCCCUCAACAACCAAAUCCACCACAGAUGACCAUAAACCAGGGAGCUUUCCCUCCAGCACCUGUUGGGUUAGGACCUCAAAGAUUUCAAGGACCACCUAGACCAAUGAAAGGUAUACAGCCUGGUCAAGGAUUUCCUGGAAUGGGUCCACCACUUCCCAAUAUGAGACCUCCAGGAAAUGCACCAGGAUUACCCCCUAAUGCAAUGGUCCCUCCUCCAAUGUCCAGACCAGGUGGUCCACCCCAGACCAUGAUGGGUGUUCCUCCUACUAGCUAUGGAGGUUCUGCACCAAGUGUUAACAAUGGACCUGGUUCUAAUGUGAAUGGAUUUGGUGGAACACCACCACCUCUUGUACAGAACUUCAAUGGUAAUUUGCAUCAAGGCAAUAGACUUCCACCUCCGCAGAACUUUUCACAACCAGGAGGACAGGGGGUAAACGAACCUUCACAAAUGUCAAUGGCCUCGAAAAACAUGGGACCACCAAUGGGGACAAUGAACGCUACACAACCUUCAUCAUUGCCAGGUGGUAUUCCUCCUCAGUCAAACACUUUCAACAACAUAAGGCCACCAGUUGGCAUGAUGUCCACCCCAAGUAGUGGACAAGGUGCAAGGCCUUUGAUGGGUGGCCCACCAACAUCAUCUAAUACAAGUCAAAAACAACCAUUAUUAGGUCCACCUCUUGGGCCUCCAACUUCAUCAGAGAUGCAAGGCUCUGUUGCAGAGCGCCCUGGUGGUCUGCCAGUACCCUUUCAUGGCCAGGGCCAAUACUCUCAUCAAGUCGGCAUGACACUAACUCCAGGAACACAAAACAUUUCAGAGCCCACAUCUCGGAAGUCUUCGAGAGCCCCCUCCCCGCUAGGGAAUCAGUUAUAUGAUGCUGUCGAGGGACAGUUAAGUGGCAUCGAGAGUAAUACACAGGUGCCAAGCAUUAUUGGAGGCCCACCUACAUCCAUGAUGGCUCCAUCCAGUUUAGGAUCAGGUCCAUCAAGAACUUUUGGUAUGCAGAGUCCUUCAUCAGGCCCAACAACAAUGUCUGGAGUUCCACCCCGUAUGUCUGGUGGCCCUCCCCUUAUGUCUGGAGCUCCACCCCCUAUGCUAGGAGCUCCACCUAUGUCUCGAGCCCUGCCCCCUAUGUCUGGAACUCCACCUCUUAUGUCUGGAGCUCCACCCCCUAUGCUAGGAGCUCCAUCUAUGUCUCGAGCCCCGCCCCCUAUGUCUGGAGCUCCACCCCUUAUGUCUGGUGCACCUCCCCCUAUAUCUGGAGCUCCUCCUCAUAUGUCUGGAGGCCCACCCAGGUCAAUGGCAGGACCUCCAUUACCAGGGGGUCCUGGGCAGAUGCCAUCUGGUGGACUCCCAUUACAGCAGAUAAGAGGUGUGAAUGCUCUAGCUGGCCCUCCUCUUCCUCAAGGGAACACCAACCAAAUGACACAACACAUUGGCCAUCCAGUGAACAACCAGAAUGCGCAGACUGCACCUUCUAACUCUCCGUAUGGUCAACUGCCUAUGCAGAAUCAGCAACCCCCCCAGGGUCAGGGGUAUUUAGGUCAGAGUGGAGGGAUGUCAGGACCACCAAGACCUGGCAUGCCAGGACAGUCACAGUUUCCCCCAGGUCCUGGCAUGGGCCUUCCCAAUUCACAAGGAGGAUCCAAUCAAAUGGCACCUCCUUUUGGCCAACCAAUGGGAGGACCAGGGGGUGUCGGAAAUCCCAACGCAAUGAACAGUGGAUUUGAAAUGUUGAGUUUACAGGACACUGGAGGAAAGGUUGUGAAUCUACUUCAGGAGAAAAGACUGAUCCCGGCCAAUGGGAUAGAGACGCCAAAACCAAAGCUAUCGUAUGACCAUAAAAAAGCAAACUGCAAUCCUGAUGUGUUCCGUUGUACUUUGACGUCGAUUCCACAAUCCUCAUCAUUGUUGAGCAAGUCGAGGCUACCAUUAGGCAUCCUAAUUCACCCGUUCAAAGAUUUAUCGAUUUGCGAUGAUUUUGGCGAGAAUGGACAGCUACCUGUUAUACAGUCAAGUGUCAUAGUGCGGUGUCGAUCCUGUCGGACCUACAUCAACCCAUAUGUGUCCUUUGUUGACCAGAGGCGCUGGAAGUGUAAUUUGUGUUAUAGAAUUAAUGAUUUGCCGGAUGAGUUUCAGUUUGAUCCUGUUAGUAAAACCUAUGGUGAUCCUCAGAGAAGGCCGGAGAUUAAAUCAGCUACAAUAGAGUUUAUUGCACCAUCUGAGUAUAUGUUACGACCACCUCAGCCUGCAGUGUAUCUUUAUCUGUUAGAUGUGUCUUUUAAUGCAGUAGAAACAGGAUACUUAAGAAUAUUUUGCCAAACUCUACUGGAUGAGCUGGACAAGAUUCCCAAAGACAGCAGGACACAGGUGGGGUUUCUGGUAUACGACUCCUCACUCCACUUCUUUAAUCUGGCCGCAGGACAGUCACAGCCACAGAUGCUUAUCGUCUCUGACCUAGAAGAUGUGUUCUUGCCCUGCCCAGACAACCUACUGGUGAACCUACAGGAAAGUAAGGAGCUGGUCAUUGACCUGCUCAAUCAGCUGCCCAACUUGUUUGAGGGUAACAUGGAAACUGGCAGUGCCCUGGGACCAGCACUCCAGGCUGCAUACAAACUCAUGUCAUCAAAUGGUGGGCGUGUCACAGUGAUGCAGACCGUAUUACCAACCGUAGGGCCAGGUGCCCUUCAGGCCAGGGAGGACUCCAAUCAGAGAACAACCAAGAAUGUUUCAAAUCUGGGUCCUGCCACUGAUUUUUAUAAGAAAUUGGCCCUGGAUUGUUCAGCUCAGCAGACCGCUGUAGACCUAUUCAUGUUGAAUGGCCAAUAUGCCGACCUAGCCACAGUCUCUUGUAUAUCCAAGUACUCUGGUGGGACUGUGGAGUAUUACCCAUCCUUUCAUGCAGUCAAGAAUAGAUCAUUAGCAGAUAAAUUUGAAGAGGAUCUUCGGAGGUAUUUCACCAGGAAGAUUGGAUUUGAAGCAGUUAUGAGGAUACGCUGUACUAAAGGACUAAGUAUACAUACUUUCCAUGGCAACUUCUUUGUACGGUCAACUGACCUGCUGUCUCUACCAAACAUCAACCCUGAUGCUGGGUUUGGGAUGCAGAUGUCCAUAGAGGAUUCUCUCACUGAAACCAGCACAGCCUGUUUCCAAGCUGCCCUUCUAUACACUUCUAGUAAAGGUGAGAGGAGGAUACGAGUUCACACCAUGUGCCUACCUGUGACAAACCAAAUCAGUGAAGUGAUCGCGGGAGCUGACCAGAAGGCCAUCAUUAAUCUCCUAGCUAAGAUGGGUGCUGAUCGCAGUGUCACAUCCAGCAUGUCUGAUGCACGUGAGGCAUUAAUUAAUGCUGCUAUAGACUCGCUGUCCUCAUUUGGAAAUACCCUGCCUGCCUCACAGAGAAUGGGUUGUCUUCCCACAUCAUUUUCCAUCAGAUUACUCCCCACUCUAGUCCUUGCUCUGCUCAAAAGUUCUGCUUUCCGUCACGGUGUCAACACUCGACUGGAUGACCGCGUGUUUGCAUUACAACAAUGUAAGAGCCUGCCUUUGCAGUACCUGCUCCAGACAAUAUACCCAGACUUGUACCCUGUACACAACAUCGACGGCUGUCCUGUGGAUGUGAUUGAUGAUGAAGAGAUACCAAAUCCUGUGCUUUUACACUUGUCCUCGGCAAAUGUUGACCGCCAGGGCGUGUAUCUAUUGGAUGCCUAUGACAUGAUGUACUUAUAUGUGGGCAGUGCCACCAGCAACCAGUUUUGUCAGGAUGUGUUCAAUGCACCCAACUAUCAGUCCAUCAUGGACGGAUUGAUUGAUUUACCCGAUUUAGAUAAUCCUGUGUCAGAAAAACUGCGCAACUUUGUAAGCUUUUUAAUGGACAAAAGACCUGGAGGCUGUAGUUUCCUAGUCAUCAAAGAAGAAAGUAAAAACCGCCUGACAUUCUUUGGAUACAUGAUUGAGGACAGAACAGAGUCCACCAUGUCUUACUAUGAGUUCCUACAGCACAUACAAAAGCAAGUGAAAAGUUGACGACGGCCAUGAGCUUUUAGAACGUAUUUAACAAAGGCAUCGAGGCAGUGCUGGACUAUAUUGAAUAGACAGACACAUUAAUGGACAGUGACACACCUGAUCAUUGUGAUACUAGAUAGAGAAGCCAGUUGUUGCCCUACAGCUGUAGUGGGACUUGAUAUCUAAUUGGUCCCUGUGAUAAAUUACAUGAUAGACUGGAUCUUUGGUAAGGCUUCCAGAGUUACGAGGAAUUCUACGCGAGGUUCUCAUCACUUAUUGAGAAAUCGAGAGUAUUGCAUUCAAAUUUUAAUGAAUAGCCUGUGAUAGAUACAGAUUGAAUUAAAGAUGUAUUAUCAACGCAAACAGUAUAAUGAUAGUAGACCAAUGACAUGACAGUAUAAUUUAUAAAUAUUUUGAAAGAGCACCUGUAUAACUAUGAGUAUGAAACAUGUGAUACUGGUUCUUGCAUGAACAUAGUAGGCAGAUUUUAUAUCACAUGCUAUUGAACCCAGAUGAUGAUAUAAUUCAUAACUUAGGUAUUUAAAUGAUUUUUUUUUUUUAAUCACAAAUAAAUGCAUACUGAAGAAUGAAAUGGACUUGAUUGAUGUUUUAAAUUAGUAUGCCCAGAUUCAUCAGUUGACUGUUUUGAGAAAGUGUUUAACAUUGUUCCAAUAAUAUAACAAUAGAUCAGCCAUCAGAGGCAACAUUAUAUUAUUGUAGGUCAUACAAAAGUCAUCGUUUAUUGUACACAGACCAUUAAACUAAAAGUAUUACAGGGCAGCAUCUGAAAUAAGUUUCAGUGUAUUUCUUCCAGUGGUUCAGAAUUGGUUCAGAAUUCUUCCAGUGGUUCAGAAUUCUUCCAGUGGUUCAGAAUUG